CCCGGUUAGUUAUUAGCUGCGCUCAGGCUGCGCUUGUGCCGAACGCUGCGAACUCCUUCAGGACCGUCCUGCAGACCAUUCAAUUCCUAUCCUCCCCUCUCACCUAUCUGCUGAUCUACUCCAAUCAGUCUAUCUGCCUAACCAUGGCCGUGAACCCAAAUGAAGACACGGAGUUCAAUGAUGCUCUCCGGAAACAUGGCAUCCUACCACCGCGCCCGCCGACACCACCUUCGCCUUCGCCGCCGCCCUCACCUUCACUUUCUGAGAAGCUCGAGGAUUUCAGUGACGACGAGCUGCGUGAUCUCGCGGAGGACGUGAACAAUGACGAGACCGAGCGGAUGAUUGAGAUGAUUCGGCGGCAGCGGCUCGAGGAGGAGCGUAAGAGGACGAAGGCACGAUUUGGAAGGAUUUACCCGAUUGGGAGGGAUGACUACACGAGGGAGGUGACGGAGGCGAGCAAGGUCGUGCAGGAAGGCAAACCGGAGGGCCAUGGUACGGGCGUGGUCUGUUUCUUGUAUAAAGACGGUAUACCUCGGAGCGACCGCACCUUUGAGCACAUGCGUGUCCUUGCGCAGAGGUACCCGGACACGAAGUUCGUCUCUAUCGUCGGAGACAAGUGCAUCCCCAACCUUCCUGACACGCGCACACCCAUGAUCAUCAUCUACCGCAACGGCGACGUGAUCAACCAGAUCGUCGCAUGGGGCGCCGACCGAGAACGGAGGAUAGAAGAGCUAGAGGCAGUCCUCCUUCUCGCAGGUGCCAUCACACCGCAGGAAAUCCCCAGGCGCGAGCGCGACCGCCGAGGGGAGAGCUCUGAUGAAGACGAGGACAGCGACGGCGAACCCUCUUCCAAAAUGCGUUCCGCCGGUACGCGGACCAACAAAACCACAGGCAAGAACAUACGAAAGAAAGAGGAAGACUCGGACUCGGACUUCGAUCUCUGAUUCUCUACGGUGAUGUACGUACUUACGGUGAAAAUAAAAUGUACUAUCUAGGCGAAGACCUUGCAAGGACAGUUGACG